CCCUAUAACGAUGCCGUUUUCAUCCCCCUUCCAACCUCGACGGUGCUCUGUAUAGAAUGCACGAAUCGAAUUAUAUAUGGUACUCUCUUUAUUGAUAGUGAAGUGCGAUAAUGAGAAUGGUACAAUGAGAUAACAGUAAAAGUGGAAUUUUGGUUUACAUUCGUAGUAAUAUUUCUAUGUUAGAAUAUAAUAGGUAUUUUAUUUUCAAAACUUAAUUUAAUAUUGGAAGUAUUGAUUCGGUCCAAGAAGAGUUAAUCGGGACCCGGCCAGUGUACUCUAAACACACCGUUUUGAUAUUGAGAAACCAGUCUCUCUCUCCCCUUCCAAGCUUUCACCAUGCCAUUCUUCCUUGAAAACCCUGGUCUUCUUUCAAAGUUCUUCCCCAUUCUUCCUUGAAAACCUAGUCUCCAUCGCUCCGCCGUUGGUCUCACCGUCGCCGCCUGGUUCGUUGUGGUCGUUCGCCAAUCCUCCUGGUCCGCCGUGCUCGAAGGCCCUCCCGUUCCCCGAACGCCAGCGUCUCCAGGUUCUGCUCCGCGGUCGUCCGUCCGUCGUGUUCGUCGCCAGCUCCCCGUCGACCGUCGCCAGCUCGCCAGUGUUCGUCGCCAGCUUCCCGUCGUCCGUCGCUCUCCCUCAAAUCUCUGGUCACUGCACUCGCCGAAGUUAUUCGAGUUGAAUUACGGUUGAAUCGGUUGGACCAAAAAACCAAUAAAUCAGUGACUUGAGCGGUUCGAUGACCGGUCCAGUUUUCAAAACCUUGGUCAAACUCCAACAGCUGCAAGAUAGGUUCAGGUCUUGAGGAGGUUGCAGCCAAUAAGCCAUUCAACUCCAAGGGCUCCAUCCUCCAUGUCUGGCAAGCUGGUCAGCCACACAAUUCGAGUCUCUUGCUAUUAGCUUCAUCCUAACUAACUUCCCAGCCACAAUCACCUUUUCCACAAUAAACUAUACCGCCUAGAAAAAAAAAUUCAGAAUGUUGGUGCUACGAGUUUGCCCAGCCAUGACUCUUCAUCUUCCUUAUUCCGUCGCUGGGUCAAAGCUUCCUGUAACAACCAAUCCUCAUCAUUUUUCCAAUCUCACCGUUACGCAGCUCUAACUUUCCACUCGACUUGGAUCCUAAUGAGUCUCGCAAGGUUGGGUCUGUUGAGAAUUUGUAGUUAGUUGUGGCAGUGAAGGAGAAGCUUGAGAAAGAACAUUAUAGCCUCCCUGUAGGAAAAAAUGGAAGGGAUGAUGAAGACAUGAUACUAUGGUUCCUUAAAGACCGUAAGUUCUAUGUUAAGGAAGCUGUUAAGAAGUUGACUAAAGCCAUUAAAUGGCGUAAAGACUUUAAUGUGGCGGAGCUUACCGAAGAAGCAGUUAAAGAUGUUGCUCAAACUGGAAAGGCAUAUGUACAUGACUUUCUAGAUAUCUAUGGCAGACCUGUGCUUAUGGUGGUUGCUUCAAAACAUUUUCCUGAAGCACAGGACCCCAAAGAUGAUGAAAGAUUGUGUGUUUUCUUGGUUGAGAAGGCAUUGAGUAUGCUUCCAACUGGGAAGGAGCAGAUGGUUGUAAUAGUUGAUCUCAGAGGUUUUGGAACAGAAAAUGCUGAUCUUAAAUAUUUGACAUUCUUGUUUGAUGUAUUCUAUUAUUACUAUCCCAAGAGAUUGGGUGAAGUACUAUUCGUGGAUGCUCCUUUUGUGUUUAAGCCAAUUUGGCAGAUAGCCAAACCCUUAUUAAAGUCCUAUGCUUCUCUGGUAGCAUUCGGAUGGAUUUGACGGAAUUUCGUAGCAAAAAAGAAACAAAGCGAAUGAUACUGUCAAUUCUGACCUUCUUGUACUCAAACAGAAAUAACUUGAGCUACAGAGGUCCAAUUGACGUGAUUCUAGCGGCAUUGGAAAGAUAACAUUCAGGACUUUCCAACGAUAUAUAAUAGUGAACAUUUCUUCUCCAGCAACCUCUGCCUCCUCCACAUUGAACUUGGCUCCUGCCAAGUUGAGCCAAGUUCAGCGUGGAUUUGAGAACUCCCAGGGAAGCACACGCUGCCUUCUCCACAUUGAAUUUGGGAAAAAUCAAGUUCAGCGUGGAUUCAAGGGGACACGCACCAGACUCCACUGUCUUCUCCACGCUGAAUUUGGGAAAGGCCAAGUUCAGUGUGGACUCCAAUAAUGCCAAUGGUCCCCACAUACGUCUAAGAGCUUGCACGAAUGAUUAGUUAAUUUUGAUUAAAUUUGUAUAUUAUUUUAAAAUAGAAAAAAAUAUUAUUUUAGUUUUAGGAAAUAUAUUUUAUAUUAAUUAGGAUUAGAUAUAAAAGGGAAAAGAAUCAGCCUUUUGGGAUUUUCUCUUUUUUCUACCUCAUUCCACAAAUUAUAGUUUUUACGAAUUCUAGUUUUUUCUCUGAACCAUGAGCAACUAAACCUCUACUGUUAAGGUUAAGAGCUCUGUCUAUUGUAUGGAUUGAUACUAUUAUUUUUCUAUUU